UCCUUCACAACAGUCCGACUGGAAACAAAAGCUUGAUCAAUGGCAGGUACCCCAUUGGCUGCAUGUAGCCUUUUACUAAAUAAUAAGACAGUAAAUCCAAAGCAUUUAUUCAGUUGCUCCUAAAUGGAUGGCGUACCUUGUCUUCGUGUGGCUUGUUGUCAGGCACAGCAGUUCAGGAUGUAUCUCCAGUCCAGGGGGAUGUUGGACCAGAGUUUUAGCUUGGUUAAACAACCAGACGGGACCGUUCUCCUUCCUGUUUCACCAUCCUGCGUCUCACAGCUGGAUCUGCAGUCUCUCAGAAACACCUUGACUCCAGUUGUUUGUGACUUCACCUGGAGUCAGUCUCCACAGUCAAAAAAGGAGAAGGGAAAUAAACUGGAGAGAACCAUCCAGGAGUUGUUAGAGUAUCGGGGUGAAAGAUGGAUGGAGGAGAUGAGGAGCGAUCUUCCUCGGAGCUUCCAGAGGCAUGGAGACCUCGUUCUGCUGGGUGACAGCUGCUUUACUCUGCCGAUAUGGGAUAAAAUAGGCAAUCAGUUAUGGAGUGCAGUCACCAAAGAGCUGAGGGUGAAGCGGCUUGCAAAGAUGAGUCGGAUAUCCAGGGAUGAUAGAUUCAGGUCUCCUGUGGUAACGAUGCUGCUGGGCGACAACAGCUGGGUCAAACAUGUGGACAAUGGCAUCAGUUAUGAGUUUGAUGUCACCAGAUGCAUGUUCUCAGCCGGGAACAUCACAGAGAAACUCCGUGUGGCCGGAUUUGACUGCAGUGGAGAGACUGUGGUCGACUUAUAUGCAGGUAUUGGAUACUUCACUCUGCCAUAUUUGGUCCAUGCGAAGGCCAGCCAUGUUCACGCCUGUGAGUGGAACCCUGACGCCGUUGCUGCUUUACAGAAAAACCUGGAAGUAAACGGGGUGUCAGAGCGCUGCACCAUCCAUCAAGGAGACAGCCGUCAAGUACAGCUGUGUAAUAUCGCCGACCGGGUGAACCUGGGUCUCAUCCCGAGCUCUGAGGAGGGCUGGCCCGUUGCGUGUCGGCUGCUGAAGAAGACGACCGGCGGCGUUUUGCACAUUCAUCAGAACGUCACCUCUCCUUUACCGAACGCUGCUGCUGGCGACGCCGCUCCUCAAAAUGUUUCUGCAAAGAACGCUGACAGAGAGGUGUGGCGGGCCUGGGCCAGUGACACCGCAAACCGAAUAACUUCUCUGUUCAUGGACCUCACUGGUGCAUCAUGGGAAAUAAAUAUCCAGCACAUAGAACAUGUGAAGUCUUAUGCGCCUCAUGUGCACCAUGUUGUGCUGGACUUGGGCUGCAGACCGUCCUGAAUUAGCACCGAAAAACCGCUGCUUUUAUUCCCAGGAGUAAAUAACAGAAGGCUG